UAACCAUAAUUAAUCCAUUAGAAAACAAGGUCGAUUAAACGUUUGCUGCAAAUAAUAUUGAUUCUGUUGUUGUUUAAAUUAGAACCAGACUUAUCAUGGAUGCAGAUCUGUAUGAUGAAUUUGGGAAUUACAUUGGUCCUGACUUGGCCUCUGAUAGUGAAGAUGAAAAUGAGUAUGGGAAUGCUGGAGAUGAUGCAGAGGACAGGGAACGCUCUGAUGAGGAAAUGGAAGAAGACAAAGAUGAGUCUAGAGAGCAAUCGGAACAAGGGAAUUCUAUGGCAGUUGUACUACACGAAGACAAAAGAUAUUACCCAAGUGCAUUAGAGGUUUAUGGACCAGAGGUAGAGACACUAGUGCAAGAAGAAGAUGCCCAGCCAUUGGACAAACCAUUGAUAGCACCAACCAGAAAGCCAAAGUUCCAAAUCAAACAACAACAACUUCCAGAAACAACAUAUAGCAUAGAGUUCUUAGCAGAUAUGAUGGAUGCACCACAUUUAAUAAGGAAUGUGGUUUUACUUGGUCACUUGCACCAUGGCAAAACUACUCUAGUGGAUUGUUUAGUGAGACAGACUCAUCCUUAUUUGCAUAGUGUAACAGAUGAAAAACCCUUGAGGUACACGGAUACCCUAUUCACGGAACAACAGCGUGGUGUAUCAACGAAAGCAACACCCGUCACUCUGUUGUUACAGGACGUGAAAUCCAAGUCUUAUCUUCUAAAUAUAUUCGAUACACCGGGUCACGUGAACUUUUCCGACGAGGCAACGGCCGCGAUACGUUUAUCUGACGGGGCGAUACUGAUUGUAGACGCCGCCGAGGGCGUUAUGUUAAACACUGAACGUCUAUUGAAACACGCGCUUCAGGAAAAACUCGCGUUAACCGUCUGUAUAAACAAAAUAGACCGACUCAUUCUAGAGUUGAAAUUGCCCCCCUUAGACGCGUACUAUAAAUUGAGACAUAUUAUCGAGGAGAUCAAUGGAUUAAUAGCACUUUACUCGGACAACGAAAACCCCUCCUUCGUGUCACCCGCGAUUGGGAACGUGUGCUUCGCGAGUUCGGAGUACAAUGUUUGCUUUACCUUGAAAUCGUUCGCGGCCCUCUAUGGAAAGACUCACCCCAGAUUAAACUCUAACGAGUUUGCAAAAAGAUUAUGGGGUGACAUAUACUUCAACUCGAAAACACGGAAGUUCACCAAGAAACCACCGCAUAACACUGCUCAACGGAGCUUCAUCGAAUUUAUUUUAGAACCGUUGUACAAGAUAUUUGCGCAGGUUGUCGGUGAUGUGGACACUACUUUACCAGAUGUAUUGGAUGAAUUGGGUAUCAGACUAACGUCAGAGGAGAUGAAGAUGAAUAUCAGACCUUUGUUGAGGCUCGUCUGUACUCGCUUCCUAGGAGAUAUGUGUGGGCUAGUUGAUAUGUGCGUAGCCCACGUUCCUAGUCCCCAAUCGCACGCGCCAGUAAAAGUUCAACACGUUUACACGGGACCAAUAGACUCGCCUCUCGCGCAGGACAUGGUGAACUGCGAUCCGGAUGGAAGGCUAAUGAUUCACAGUACAAAAAUGUAUCCUACCGAGGACUGUACGCUGUUUGUAGUCCUCGGAAGAGUAAUGUCCGGUACCCUGGAGGCAGGGCAACGCGUUCGCGUAUUAGGCGAAGCGUAUUCCCGCACGGACGAGGAAGACUCGCGUAUUCUUACUGUGGGUAGAUUAUGGAUCAGCGAGGCACGUUAUUCGAUCGAGUUGAAUAGAGUUCCAGCGGGAAAUUGGGUUCUCAUCGAGGGCAUAGACAGACCAAUCGUGAAAACAAGUACAAUAACGGAUCUCAACAGUUCGGACGAUCUGCACAUAUUCCGGCCGCUAAAGUUCAACACACAGAGUGUGAUCAAAAUCGCCGUGGAGCCGGUUAAUCCAUCGGAAUUACCAAAGAUGUUGGAUGGUUUGAGGAAGGUGAACAAAAGUUAUCCUCUGCUUGGUACCAGAGUUGAGGAAAGUGGUGAACACGUGGUGCUGGGAACGGGUGAAUUAUAUUUGGAUUGCGCCAUGCACGAUUUACGUCGUAUGUAUUCGGAGAUCGAUAUAAAAGUGGCCGAUCCAGUGGUCGCUUUCGCGGAGACUGUGGUUGAAACAAGUUCGCUGAAAUGUUUCGCCGAAACACCGAAUAAACGUAACAAGCUGACGAUGAUCGCUGAGCCGCUUGAAAGGGGCUUGGCAGAGGAUAUAGAAGCGGAACACGUUAAAAUUACAUGGAACAAAAAACGGUUGGGAGAGUUUUUCCAAACGAAAUACGACUGGGACUUGUUAGCUGCUCGAAGUAUAUGGGCGUUCGGGCCAGAUGCAACGGGUCCUAAUAUUCUAGUCGAUGACACGCUUCCAUCCGAAGUAGAUAAAACGUUGCUGAACAGCGCACGGGAUGCGAUUAUUCAAGGUUUUCAGUGGGGUACCCGAGAAGGUCCACUUUGCGAGGAGCCGAUUCGUAACGUAAAGUUCAAGAUCCUGGACGCGGUGAUAGCACAGGAACCUCUGCAUCGAGGAGGUGGACAGAUCAUUCCGACUGCCAGAAGAGUAGCCUAUUCCGCCUUUCUGAUGGCGACGCCCAGAUUAAUGGAACCCUAUUUAUUCGUCGAAGUCCAAGCACCCGCAGAUUGCGUGUCGGCCGUUUACACGGUGUUAGCCAAGAGAAGAGGGCACGUGACUCAGGACGCACCCGUUCCUGGAAGUCCUUUGUACACUAUUAAGGCAUUUAUACCAGCGAUUGAUAGCUUCGGGUUCGAGACCGAUUUGAGAACGCACACGCAAGGUCAGGCGUUCUGCUUGUCCGUAUUCCACCAUUGGCAGAUCGUACCUGGCGAUCCUUUGGAUAAGAGUAUCACAAUUCGGCCGCUCGAGCCGCAACCCGCUACACACUUGGCUAGAGAAUUUAUGUUGAAGACACGAAGACGGAAGGGACUUUCGGAAGAUGUAUCAAUCAACAAAUUCUUCGACGAUCCUAUGUUGCUCGAAUUGGCAAGACAAGACGUACUUCUGAAUUAUCCAUUGUAAUAAGCGACCGUUGUAAUAAUUCUGCUUAUGAUUUUAAUGU